AUGAACGCCUCCUCCUGCCGUGGUCCUCCAGUCAUCAUGUAUCAGCAGAGCUUAGGAGUUGACCUCAAUGCCAGCUGGGUGGUUCCUCCCUGUAACUGGACCUCUGUGGACAGCGUUCCGCAGCUGCCUACCUUUACCACAGCGGCCAAAGUCAGAGUGAUUGUUACCUUCAUCCUGUGUGGCAUAUCAGCUUUUUGCAAUUUGGCUGUACUUUGGGCAGCUAAUGGGCACAAGCGCAAAUCCCACGUCCGGGUGCUAAUAGUCAACUUGACUGCAGCUGAUCUUUUGGUUACCUUCAUCGUGAUGCCCGUGGAUGCUGUGUGGAACUUCACAGUUCAGUGGCUGGCUGGCGAUCUGGCCUGCAGGUUCCUCAUGUUCCUCAAGCUACAGGCCAUGUACUCCUGUGCUUUUGUCACAGUGGUGAUUAGUCUGGACAGGCAGUCGGCUAUCCUCAACCCUCUGGCCAUCAGCAUGGCUCCGAAAAGGAACAGGAUCAUGUUAAUGGUGGCAUGGACGAUGAGCGCCUUGUUCUCAAUCCCACAGAUAUUUAUUUUCCAUAACGUGACCAUUACCUAUCCAGCAAACUUCACUCAGUGCACCACUAGAGGGAGCUUCAUCACUCACUGGCAGGAAACAGCCUACAACAUGUUCACCUUCUCCUGCCUCUUCCUGCUGCCGCUGGUCAUCAUGAUCAUCUGCUACACCAGGAUCUUCAUCCAGAUCUCCAAGCAGAUGACAAAAAAGAACUUGUCUUCCAGUGAACCCCAUCUUCGCUGCUCAAAAAACAACAUCCCCAAAGCACGAAUGAGAACUCUGAAAAUGAGCAUGGUCAUUGUGAUCUGCUUCAUCGUGUGCUGGACUCCGUACUAUCUGCUGGGUCUGUGGUACUGGUUCUUCCCAGAUCACCUGGAGGGAAAGGUCUCUCACUCCCUCACCCACAUUCUGUUCAUCUUCGGGCUUUUCAACACGUGCCUGGACCCCAUCAUCUAUGGCCUCUUCACCAUACCCUUCCGGAGGGGGCUGAGGAACUGCUACCAUAAAGCCACAGUAAUGUCCAGCCUGGAAACUAACAUGGUGAUAACGAAGUCCCUGAAGUGUACUACAGCCACUUUACCCACUAAAAGAGGGAUUACUGCUGAUGAAAAGGACAACAGCUGUGAACAGAUGGAACCAAAAUUCACUGACAGCAGAUCGUACAACUCAGAAAACAGAUGCAUGUACCAGCAGCUUGCUAAAGGACAGCUGCUGCAUGAAAGUCAGUCUAAGUCUAAGAUCAGAAAACCUUCGCUUACAUAUUUGAUUGAAAAUCAUGCUGUGUCAACGUACUGA